UCCAGCUGCUCUCGGCUCAGCCAGGCCUGCCCGGCUUCCAGGAAGCGGCCUGAACUUGGGCGGCGGAGGGCAGAAGGAGCUUAAUUCCGUCGCUUCUGAGCUGUCUGCACGGCAGGAGGAGAGUGAACAUUCUCAUAAACAUUUAAUUGAACUCCGCCGGGAAUUUAAGAAAAAUGUACCUGAGGAAAUCAGAGAGAUGGUGGCUCCUGUGUUAAAAAGCUUCCAAGCUGAGGUGGUGGCUCUUAGCAAGAGAAGCCAGGAGGCCGAGGCCGCUUUCCUGAGUGUUUACAAGCAGUUAAUUGAAGCACCAGACCCUGUGCCUGUGUUUGAGGGGACGCGCAGCCUAGACGACAGACUGCAGCCCCCCAGCUUCGACCCCAGCGGGCAGCCGCGGCGAGACCUCCACGCUUCGUGGAAGAGGCACCCCGAGCUCCUCGGCCCCAAAGAGCAGAGAGAGGGGACGUCUCCGGCCGGGCCCACGCUGACCGAGGGGAGCCGCCUCCCGGGCAUUCCCAGCAAGGCCCUCCUGACAGAAACUUUGCUGCAGAGAAAUGAGGCGGAGAAGCAAAAGGGCCUUCAAGAAGUACAGAUCACUCUGGCAGCCAGACUGGGGGAGGCAGAGGAGAAGAUCAAGGUCCUGCAUUCAGCGUUAAAGGCAACGCAGGCUGAGCUGCUGGAGCUGCGGCGGAAAUACGAUGAGGAGGCCGCAUCCAAGGCCGAUGAAGUCGGACUGAUCAUGACCAACCUGGAGAAAGCCAAUCAGCGAGCUGAGGCUGCCCAGCGCGAGGUGGAAAGUCUUCGGGAGCAGCUCGCCUCCGUCAACAGCUCGAUCCGGCUGGCCUGCUGCUCCCCGCAGGGACCCGGUGGGGACAAGGUGAACUUUGCACUGUGCUCGGGCCCUCGGCUUGAGGCUGCCCUGGCCUCCAAGGACCGGGAGAUCCUGCGGCUGCUGAAGGACGUGCAGCACCUGCAGAACUCGCUGCAGGAGCUGGAGGAGGCCUCCGCCAACCAGAUCGCCGACCUGGAGCGGCAGCUCACCGCCAAGUCCGAGGCCAUCGAGAAGCUGGAGGAGAAGCUCCAGGCACAGUCCGACUAUGAGGAAAUUAAAACAGAGCUGAGCAUCCUGAAAGCCAUGAAGCUGGCCUCCAGCACCUGCAGCCUCCCCCAGGGCAUGGCCAAGCCUGAAGACUCCCUGCUCCUGGCCAAGGAGGCCUUCUUCCCCGCGCAGAAAUUCCUUCUGGAAAAGCCUGGCCUUUUGGCCAGCCCUGAGGAGGACCCUUCAGAGGACGAUUCCCUCAAGGACUCGCUGGGCAUGGAACAGUCCUACCCGUCGCCUGCACAGCUCCCGCCACUGCCAGGGCCCGAAGACCCCCUGUCCCCAGGCCCUGGGCAGCCCCUGCUGGGCCCCAGCCUGGGCCCCGACGGCCCUCGGACUUUCUCGCUGUCCCCCUUCCCCGGCCUGGCCUCGGGGGAGAGACUGGCAGGGGACGUGCUGCCGUCCAAGCCCAUGAUGGCCCCGGCUACCUUCAAGGGGGAGGCGGGCGGCCUGCUGGUGUUUCCGCCAGCCUUCUAUGGCGCCAAGCCCCCCACGGCCCCUGCCACCCCCGCCCCUGGCCCCGAGCCGCCCGGGGGCCCCGAGCCGGCGGACGGAGCAGGGGGUGGUGGGGCCGGGCCGGGGGCCGGGCCAGAGGAGGAGCAGCUGGACACGGCGGAGAUCGCCUUCCAGGUGAAGGAGCAGCUGCUCAAGCACAACAUCGGGCAGCGGGUGUUCGGCCACUACGUGCUGGGGCUGUCGCAGGGCUCCGUCAGCGAGAUCCUGGCCCGGCCCAAGCCGUGGCGCAAGCUCACGGUGAAGGGCAAGGAGCCCUUCAUCAAGAUGAAGCAGUUCCUGUCGGAUGAGCAGAACGUGCUGGCUCUGAGGACCAUCCAGGUGCGGCAGCGAGGCAGUAUCACCCCGAGAAUCCGCACGCCUGAGACAGGCUCGGACGACGCCAUCAAGAGCAUCCUGGAGCAGGCCAAGAAGGAGAUCGAGUCUCAGAAAGGGGGUGAGCCCAAGAACUCCACAGCCCCAUUGAGCAUCACCAACGGCACAGCCCCUGCCAGCACCUCGGAAGAUGCCAUCAAGAACAUCCUGGAGCAAGCGCGCCGCGAGAUGCAGGCGCAGCAGCAGGCCCUGCUGGAGAUGGAGGCGGGCCCCCGGGGCCGCUCAGUGCCUCCCUCGCCCCCAGAGCGGCCCUCGCUGGUUGCCAUGAGCCAGAACGGAGCCCCGGCCUACGUCAAACAGGAGGACGGUGGCGGUGGUGGCGGUGGCGGGGGAACCAGCAGCAGCGCCACGCAGACGCCCCUCACGGUCCUGUCCCCCGCCGCCUUCGUGCAGAGCAUCAUCCGCAAGGUCAAGUCCGAGAUCGGGGACGCCGGCUACUUCGACCACCACUGGGCCUCGGACCGCGGCCUCCUCGGCCGCCCCUUCGCCUCUGUGUCGCCGUCGCUGUCCUCCUCCUCGUCCGGCUGCUCCGGCCAGCCCAAUGGGCGCGCCUGGCCCCGAGCGGACGAGGACGACGGGCCGGGCGGCGAGGACGAGGCCCCGCGCUCGGCCGAGCUCAAGGCGGAGGGCGGCGGGCCCGAGGCGGGUGGGGGCCGGCCGGCCUGCUACCCAGCCUUCGCGCCACGCAGCCUGAAGCCCACGGUGCCACCGCUGACCCCCGAGCAGUACGAGCUCUACAUGUACCGCGAGGUGGACACCCUGGAGCUGACGCGCCAGGUCAAGGAGAAGCUGGCCAAGAACGGCAUCUGCCAGCGCAUCUUCGGGGAGAAGGUGCUGGGCCUGUCGCAGGGCAGCGUCAGCGACAUGCUGUCGCGGCCAAAGCCGUGGAGCAAGCUGACGCAGAAGGGCCGGGAGCCCUUCAUCCGCAUGCAACUGUGGCUCUCUGACCAGCUCGGCCAGGCGGGCGGCCAGCCGCCCCGCGCCUCCCAGGCCAGUCCCACAGAACCGAGGUCCUCGCCGUCCCCACCCCCUAGCCCCGCGGAGCCCGAGAAGAGUUCCCAGGAGCCCUUGAGCCUGUCGCUGGAGAGCAGCAAGGAGAACCAGCAGCCAGAGGGCCGCUCCGGCUCCUCGCUGGGGGGCAAGAUGUCCUCGGGCAGCCAGGCCUCAGGGGGCAUCCAGGAGAUUGUGGCCAUGUCCCCCGAGCUGGACACGUACUCCAUCACCAAGAGAGUCAAAGAGGUCCUCACAGACAACAACUUAGGACAGCGGCUGUUUGGGGAGAGCAUCCUGGGUCUGACGCAGGGCUCCGUGUCCGACCUGCUAUCCCGGCCCAAACCCUGGCACAAGCUGAGCCUGAAGGGACGGGAGCCCUUUGUGCGAAUGCAGCUGUGGCUCAGUGACCCCCACAACGUGGAGAAGCUGAGGGACAUGAAGAAGCUGGAGAAGAAAGCCUACCUGAAGCGCAGGUACGGCCUCAUCAGCACCGGCUCCGACAGCGAGUCCCCAGCCGGCCGCUCGGAGUGCCCCAGCCCCUGCCUGCAGCCCCCGGAGCUGGGCCUCCUGCAGAUCAAGAAGCCGCGGGUGGUGCUGGCGCCCGAGGAGAAGGAGGCGCUGCGCCAGGCCUACCAGCUGGAGCCCUACCCCUCCCAGCAGACCAUCGAGCUGCUCUCCUUCCAGCUCAACCUCAAGACCAACACCGUCAUCAACUGGUUCCACAACCACAGGUCCCGGAUGCGCCGGGAGAUGUUGGUGGAGGGGACCCAAGACGAACCAGACCUCGAACCCAGUGGGGGUCCCGGCGUCCUCCCACCAGGCCACUCCCACCGAGACCCCACCCUGCAGAGCCCCAACUCCGAGGCUGAGGACCAGAAGCCGGCCGUGAAGGAGCUGGAGCUUCAGGAGGGCCCCGCGGAGAGCGCCACCCCCCCAACGGCCCAGGACAAGGCCCAAGUGAGGAUUAAGCAGGAGCAGACGGAGGAGCAGACAGAGGAGGAGAGGGGGGCGGGCGGUCAGCUCCGGGACUCGGGGGAGCCCGACGAAGGCCACGGUUCCCCCAGAGAGGCACACCCCGACCCUCCGGGUAAUGACAGACUCCCCAGAGUGGCCCCAGGGCUCCUUUUUCCAGGCGGGACCACCCCAGACUGCCCCUCACUACAGCCCCCCCGAGAGAGUGAAGGUGGGGAGCGGCUACACCCGGACCCUCUGAGUUUUAAGUCAGCCUCGGAGUCCUCGCGCUGCAGCCUGGAGGCAUCACUGAACUCGCCCUCGGCUGCCUCCUCGCCGGGCCUCAUGAUGUCUGUGUCACCGGUGCCCUCCUCCUCUGCCCCCAUCUCCCCAUCCUCGCCCAGUGCACCCCCUUCCAAAGUGCCGAGUGCCAGCAGCCCCACUGCCGACACGGCCGGGGCCUUGCCCCCGGGCACCAAGGCGAACCCCAACUUGCAGCGGCGGCACGAGAAGAUGGCCAACCUGAACAGCAUCAUCUACCGGCUCGAGAGGGCUGCCAAUCGCGAGGAGGCCCUGGAGUGGGAGUUCUGAAGGCGGGGGCGAGGGGCGCACCGGGCGGCCGCCUCCCCUCUCCCCGACAGGGUGGGGCGAGGGAGGGAGGAACCCAGCCCUCCCAGUGUGGACAGCAGUGUUAUGCCGUUUACGUUUUUU